AUGAAGGCGACCGCGAAAUUCCUCCUCGUUAGUGGGGUUAUCAGCGGGGUAAUAUCGCACCAGAUACCACUUCAUGAGCAGGAUUAUACACCGGAUUCGGUGGAAGAACUGGAGAGGAAAUGGGGAUUUGAGUGGGGUUUUGGAGGUGUGAAUACCUUCGCCCAUCUAGAGCACUUGAAAUGCCUCACCAACCCGGAUGCACUCUUCGAUAUUGGGGUUCUCGGCGUACCAUUUGAUACCGCAGUAUCGUAUCGCCCUGGAGCGAGAUUUGGACCUCGCGCGAUUCGUGCAGCGUCUUCAAGACAGACGUCGUUCCGAUCAUUCAAUCCUAGAGCUGGAAUCAAUCCGUAUAUGUCAUGGGCGAAGAUCCUCGAUUGUGGUGACAUCCCUGUCACCCCAAUGGAUAAUGCCAUGGCAUUAACUCAGAUGACUUCGGCAUAUCUCGAACUCGGCAAUCGAGCACCGUUAUCGUCAACUGGCGGAAAACAUCCAAAGAUCAUAUCGUUAGGAGGCGAUCAUUCUCUAGCUCUCGCCGCGCUAAGAGGUCUGAAGAAUGUAUACAAAACUCCCAUCGCAGUAUUACACUUCGAUGCUCAUUUAGAUACCUGGCACCCAGAGAAAUAUCCGUCUCCCUGGCCGAGUGCCCAGAGUCAAUUCAACCACGGAAGUAUGUUCUGGAUAGCAAGUAAUGAGGGAUUAAUCAUGAAUGGUUCAAGUGUCCAUGCUGGACUUAGAACAAGAUUGAGUGGUGAGGACUGGGGUGAUUAUGAAGACGACACUCGUCAAGGUUUUCUCCGGAUAUCUUCUGAUGAUAUCGACGAUAUUGGUCCAAAAGGAGUUAUUGAUGCAAUUAUGAACCGGAUGGGCACCGAGAUUCCCGUUUACCUCUCAGUCGAUAUCGAUGUCAUUGACCCCGGACUCGCUCCUGGUACUGGAACUCCCGAAGCCGGUGGUUGGACAACAAGAGAGUUGAUUCGUAUUCUCAGAGGCAUUGAGGGAUUGAAUGUGGUUGGAGCUGAUAUUGUUGAAGUUGCUCCAGCAUAUGAUGGCGUUGGUGAGCAAACAGCGCUAGCUGGAGCUCAGGUUGCGUAUGAGAUUUUGACGAGCAUAGUCAAGAGGGGAUUGGUGGAUAUGGGAAAAGUUGCAGAGGUGCCUGGAAGGAAGAAUUUGGUGACAAAGGAUGAACUUUGA